AUGCCUGUCCUCGACGCUUUCAGGAUCAAGCCUUUUGACCUCGAGCCUGUUUACGCUGCUUGGCCAGUCUCUACUGGCCCACGCUUCCUCGGCAGCCCCAAGAAGGACCUGCCUGUCGACGAGUGGUUGAAGGCGAUCAAGACUGGAUGCUUGCAACAUCAUGUCCCCCGCGAAUAUUGGCAUACAUGCGCACAACAUUUCAUGGGUGAUCAGGCGCGCGCGAGAUUCAGUGAGCUGAAGAAAGUCAUGGCCCAAAUGCACGGUGGCAAGUACCGCUGGAAUUGGAAAAAGUUCAAGGUCGCAAUGCGAAACAUGUCCUGGGACAUCGACAUCAGCGAAACGGAGACAGUCAAAGUCCCCAGCGGGCCAUUCUGGUGGCUGCCUGGCCGGAGCAAGACGAAAUCAGAGUCAGAAUGCGGCUCCUCACAGUCCAUGAUAUUGGACUCGGAGGAAGCGGUGCUUGUUGAAGAGCCAGAAGCGCUACCCAGCCUGAGCCGCAGUGGAACUUUCAUGUCGCUCAAAUCAGAACGACCAGGCCCCUCCCGUUCAUCAACAAUGUCGGCCUUCUGGCCGCGUCGCAGAGACUCCAAAGACGUGGAUGAGGGGGAACAACAGUCAGCUCUUACUCAGCGGCCUGCCCCACGACAAGCCAAGUCUGACGGCGCCAUUGUCGCGAAAGCAAGCACCCUCCAAGUCGCUUCAACCAAAGACCUCCCUCCAAUUCCCACCACCGUUGCCACGAAAGACGGCAACACUGUUCGUGCCCCUGCCUGGCUGCUCAACGCCACCCAUGCUCUCGAUUUCUUGCAAAACGAGCAUCCAAAGGUCAUGACCACUAUCAGCGCAAUCCUCAUUGUGGCUGGGUCUAUUCCUUCACUGCCAGGAAUAGCAGCAGGGGCUGGGGGUGCCGUUCUUGCAUCGUCAACAGCCCAUGCUGUUGGGGCAAUUGCAGUCGGAAUCGGUAGCUGGAUGAAGACCCAACAGGAAGUCCACGACGCCAAGCAGGGGGGGAAACAAACCACAUAA